AUGUUAGCAGCCAUUCCUGAUAUGGACAGAAGACUAUCCUACGGCAGUUUGAAAUGUGUACUUCAAAAGUUCAAGGCAAAUUUUAGAUUCCGACUUGCCGAGCGUCUUCCGGAAAUUCGUUGUGCAGAAAAAGCAGUUCCACUUUACAUCGACAAAUUCACUUUUGCUGAAGAAGGUUUCAAAUUGAACAACACCGAAUAUCAACUUGGUGUCAUUUGCCAAGUUCGCGAUGGUCCCGCUCAAAAAACAUUCAUAGGCCAAGCUCAAUAUGGCGGUCAUCCUAGGGAUAUCGAUCGGUUUGGAUACGAGAUUCGAUCCUUUACGGAAUUAACUCCUGGGGAUAUUUUUGUUCAAGAUUACAAUCCUCAAAUGGAUGCGGACGACGAUUUGGAGUUUGAAACUACGGAAGAAUCAUUAUUGAUUCAACAGAACAGACUGAUAGCUCUGGAAAAAGAAAAAAUCGAGCUUGAACAUGCACCAGAGGAGGUUGAAAAUAUUCCAGAAAAUCCAAUGGAACUAGAUUUAUCGGAGGAGGAUUUAAUAGGAAUAGAACCAGAGGAGGAGGAUGAUUUAAUGGAUCCAGAUCAGGUCGAAAGAGGAAGAGACCAGGUUUUAAGUCGUAAAGAACAACUCGAGAAAAUCAAUAUAAGCAUCAUAUAUGCAAAAACGUUGUUGGCGUAUAUUGAAUUUGAUUUGGAGCGUAAUCGGCGUAAGCGAGAUAACCUUCCAUCUCUAUUUGACUUUUUCAUUCAGUUCACGAAGACUUCUCCAGAUGGUACCGUCUACAUCGAACGGUUCAAUUACGAUAAGAGUUUGAUGGCGGCACGGAAAUAUUUGAUCUGCAAAUUACUCGGGAAUCGUAAACCGGUUAUGAAAAUCAAAUCGCUCGGUUUCUGGGCGCGACCAGGGGGCGGACUAGUUAUUAGUCUUCCAGAAGGUAUCAAGUUAGACGUUCAAAAUUUCGGUACUUCUGGAAACCUGUCGGAUGUUUUAGAACGUGUCGAACCUGUCCUGGAGUAUCCAAACCGCCCGUUUAAUCUUCUUACAUCAGAUAGUUUGAGAUUGGAAGAUGCUCAAAAUCCGAAAGUUCAGAAUGCUGAAGUUUUGGUGUUGUCCGACAACUGGGAUGUCGAUUAUAUUGCACUAUGUCGUGAAGUACAGAAUAAAAACAUUGUGAUUUUUUUGGGCCAAGAGAUGCAGCCAUUGGAGUAUGGACUACUCGUCGAGGACUUGAUCGAGACAAAGGGGACAGUUGGGACAUUUUAUGAAAUCACUCAGACGGGAGAGGAUAAAACGAAAGAGGCGAUGAGAUUUAUUGCAGCGCAUUUUGAGAACGUUGUUAUGAGAGAGAGCCUCAUCAUCAUUCCACUUUCUCACCAACUGCAACUUAAUGUUUCCUGCGAACCAUAUCUGAUGGAUCCGAGCCUUGUUCAUUUAUGGACUAUGAAAAUGGAAGUGGUUCAAAAUCAGAAAAAUUAA